AUGGUCCCGCCGACUCCACUCCGAUAUGCCAACGAAAUACGUUCACCUGACCUGGACCCUGCAUAUACUUCCCCCGCAACGCCGGCACGAAGAAGGCGACCAAGGGCCGUUGAUCAAAAGCCGGCGGCCGGAGAUGCGGUUGCGCAAACACCACAGCAACCCGAUAUCGAGUGGAUCCCGAGUUUUAAGUCCUAUCGCGAUAGAAAUUUACGGCGAUUGAGGAAUGGCGGACUCAAAAAAACACUUCCGGAAGGAUUUCCAACCAAGUUGGAGUCCCCACUUGCGUGGGAAGGAGAUGAAUUGAGGGAGGAAGAGUACAUUGUGGAGCUUUCGGCGUUGGAGAUAGAAGAGACCGAGGAGGCAUUAAGAGACUUUAAAUCAAAAGGAAUUUCGAUCUCAUGCAUAAGUCGACAAAACUUUGUCCUGCCAACUCUUGGUCCUAGGCUUAUUGCUCUGGGAGCUACGCUGUACUACGGGAGAGGGUUCUUUGUCUUGCGAGGCCUCGAACCACAAAAGUACUCCAGUGAGGACAAUGUCCUUAUUUAUGUGGGGCUCUCAAGCUAUGUGGCCGAGAAGCGUGGAAGACAGGAUGAACACAACAACAUGCUCCUUCACCUAAUUGAUCUCACUUCGGAAGUUGCGCCGGAUAACCUCCGCCAAGCACCAUACUCGAACGUCCAACAGCCUUACCAUACAGAUAUCGGGGAUAUCCUGGCGCUUUAUACCCUCAGCCAAGCCAAAAAGGGCGGAAAGAGCAAAAUCACAUCUUCAUGGACUAUCUAUAAUGACCUGGCUGAAUCCAGGCCAGAUCAUAUUGAUACCCUCCAGUCUCCUGAUUGGAUCUUUGAUACAUUUGGACGGCCCGGAGAACCGUACUACCAACGCCCACUACUGUUUAACCAAGCAGGGAAGAUAAUAUUCGCGUUCUCACGGCGUAUCUUAACAGGCUCGAAGGUGUCACCACGCUCAAAAACCAUCCCGCCGAUGACAGACGCCCAAGCCGAUGCGCUUGAUGCGCUCCACUUCACGGCAGAAAAACACUCGCUAACACUGGAUAAUAAACGUGGGGAUAUCCUGUUCUGGAACAACAUGAGCAUCCUGCACGCCCGGGAAGGGUUCACGGACGGCACUUCGAGGGACCAGAAGAGGCAUCUGUUGAGAUUAUGGUUGAGGAGCGAAGAGCAUGCGUGGGAAACUCCAGACUGUUUGAAAUCUGCCUGGAAUGUUGCGUAUGGGGACAACGAUAUCUCGACCGAGCUCUGGCCGAUAGAGCCGAUAACAGAUCGGGAUCAUGUGACCACUCAACGUCGCUCAUCGGGCCAUGGUUAA